GUCUUAAUUUGUACUGUAUUUAUGUUAUAAAACCAUAUUGUAAUUAUUUAUGCUCAUUAAAUGACUAAUAAUUAAACAUUUUGUGACUUAAAUUGUAGGUAUUGAGAGUCCAUGUAAGGACUGGACAUAUGUUUACGCCACUAAACCCUGUAUUCAAGUGAUUGUAUCUUAAAUGUAAAUUGUGGUCAAAAAGUCUGUGAGUGAAUGUUGGAUACGAUCAUCAAUUGUGAGAUAAUGGGCGGAAGAACUCUUAAGAGAUAUAUUCUGAUGGGAUUGUUAUGUGUGGUCACAAUAGCACUCAUAUAUCAAUUCAGUUCUCCUACUUGUUUCUCAUCCCAUUCCCCACAAAACCAAUGGAUAUCACCCGAGUCGCAAAAUGUAUGCAAAAAGCGAUUUGUAAUGAAUAGUAAAGACGAGCAAAGCGGCGAAACACAUAAGUUUGUAUACAAUCGAUAUAUGCCUCUCAUAUUCAUCGGAGGAAUGCCUAGAAGUGGUACCACUCUGUUGAGGGUUCUUCUCGACGCUCACCCGGACAUCAGAUGCGGCGAAGAGACCCGAGUUAUACCUCGACUCCUGGACUUCGGUAAGUCGUGGUUCAAAGCGCCGUUAGAAGCGCGCAGACAAUCAGAGGGCGGCAUUACCGCCGAAUUGCUCGACCAGGCCGUCGGUGCCUUCAUACUAGAGAUAAUCGUAAAGCACGGAACGCCUGCCCCCAGACUCUGCAAUAAAGAUCCGUUCACUUUGCGAUCGGCCGUCUAUUUGCGAGACGGCCGGGCGGUCGUCCACUCCAUCAUCAGUCGUAAAAUCACUAUUCCUGGCUAUGAUUUUAAUGAUUUCCGGAAAUGCUUUAAGAAGUGGAACGCAGCCAUCUCUGCGAUGCACUACCAAUGCCAACAAUUGGGAACCGGUGUCUGUCUUCCCGUACAUUACGAACAGUUAGUACUUCAGCCCAAAGUGUGGUUAGAGAAGAUCCUAAGCUUUCUGUCGGUUCCCUGGAAUGAGUCAGUCCUUCAUCACGAAGAACUCGUCAACAAGAAGAACGGAAUCUCUUUAUCCAAACUGGAGCGAUCGACAGAUCAGGUGAUCAAACCCAUCAACAUAGAGGCGCUGUCCAAAUGG